AUGGGAUUUGGUUGGAGGUGGAGGGAAUGGGUGACGGAGUGUGUUAGUACCGCCUCGAUGUUGAUUUUGAUAAAUGGUUCACCAACUAAACCAUUUAAGAUGGAGAAGGGUUUGAGACAAGGUGACCUACUGUCUCUAUUUUUGUUUGUUCUUAUUGUUGAUGUCCUGCAUAGGAUGGUAGGGGAGGCAGUCAGAAAUAGACGUAUUUUGCCUUUGCUGGUUGGCAAGGAUAAUAUAGAGUUAUCACAUCUUCAGUUUGCAUAUGACACUAUAUUAUUUUGCCUGCCGGAGGAGAAGACCAUCAGAAACUAUGCCAGUUUGCUGAGGUACUUUGAGAUGAUGUCAGGGUUAAGUAUAAACUUCGAUAAGUCCAGUCUGAUUCCAAUCAACUACGAAUAG